GCGUCCCCGUCUCCUCCGCGAUAAAAAGCCUUCGCCUCUCGCUCAUUCCUCGCUCGCCGAUCAAACCCGCCUCCCAAUUCGCUCCUCCGCCUCCCGGUCUCUCCCCCGAAAAGCAAGCUCCCGCACGCACCGCUCACGCAGGCACGGUUGUCCAGGUUCCUUGGCUAAGGUGUGCACGCAUGGCGCAGCGCGACAAGAAGGAGGAGACCACGGAGCUCCGGGCGCCGGAGAUCACGCUCUGCGCCAACAGCUGCGGCUUCCCCGGGAACCCGGCCACGCAGAACCUCUGCCAGAGCUGCUUCUUGGCGGCCACGGCGUCGGUGUCGUCGCCGUCGUCCCCUGCCUCUUCUUCUAUUUCUGCGCCGGCCGCGAUGUCGCAGCCGAGGCCGGCGCUGGUGGACGCGCCGGUGGAGGUGCCUUCUCCGGCUGCAGCCGUUGACCGUCCUGCUGCGGCGGUGGCUCCGGCUGCGGAGGUGAAAGUGGCGAGGACGUCGGUGAACCGGUGCUCGAGCUGCCGGAAGCGGGUGGGGCUGACGGGGUUCCGUUGCCGGUGCGGCGAGAUGUUCUGCGGCGAGCACCGGUACUCGGACCAGCACGGCUGCAGCUACGACUACAAGGGCGCCGCUAGGGACGCCAUCGCCAGGGAGAACCCGGUGGUGCGCGCCGCCAAGAUCGUUAGGUUCUGAUCGACGACGGAGAGGGUUUCUCAUGGGGAAAAAAGUUGGAAAUGAAAGGUGUGGGUGCUGUUAUGCUGUUCUUGAAAGUGUAUGAUUUUAAUCUCCUUUUAAUUUUUCUAAUGGAAAUGAGAGGAUGGAGGUGGAAAA